CCGAUAUAAUUUCACUGUCGCUUCGCUUGCAUGCGGUGUGAAUGUGAAUUAGUGCAUCUAAUCUACAACUCAACCCUCGCACAUCCACUGUUCUGACCAAAUCUUUACCGUCUUCAAAGAAAUAAGUAUGGCUAUGUCAAUGGGAGCGGCAGGAGACAAUUACGACCGUCAUCGUUGGGUCGAAGGCUGUUCUUUGGAGCCCAUUCCCUCUCACCGAGGCGAAUACCUAUGGAUUGACUAUAAAAUGCAGAACUCCAUUGCAGUCCAUGGCAGCAACAAGAUCACCAAAUAUGACAUUGUCCAGGUGUACAAAGUGAAAAAUUCAAAUUUGUGGGGGCGGUAUGUUGCCCGAAGGUCACUGUUGGCAAAAGACCUUUCCCCUGGAGAGAAAGUGGAGGAGGAGCGCCUUUUCCACGGCACAAAUUUUGCUGAUCAGAUUGUCAAGAAAGGCUUCAAGGUGAAGCAUGCUGAUCCCCAGGGCAUGUUCGGCAAGGGAAUCUACUUUUCAAACCUUUCAUCUAAGAGCACCCAGUACACUUUGGAGGGAGGCACUGCUCCUUGCCAGCCUCACAAUGCUGUGUACUGCACCACUUGCGUCAGGAAGAUGUUGAUCUGCCGAGUGGCCCUGGGCAAGUCCUACGUGGCCACCUCUGCCAUGAACGGCAUUGAUCAAGCCCCAAGAGGAUACCACAGUGUUACUGCCAAACCUACGUCAGGUGUCCUCAACUUUCCUGAGUACAUUGUUUAUGACAAUGAUCAGGCCUACCCUGGAUAUCUUGUUGAGUACAAGAUCUGCGCUGAAAAAACCCGUAAAAGCGGUUCAAGGCAUUAGUAGAAGAAUUUUGUAAAUGUCACCUGCUGCAUUCAUCUUGAGGAAGUGUUUAUUUUCUAAAAAAAAAAUAUCAAACAAGGAAUUUCUUUUUCUUUGAAAUGAUGUUAGACAUCAAGUGAAAAAAAUGCUAAUUUUCCAUUAUUUAUAUAAAUUUCUUUGAAAAAUAAAGAAUUUGCUGAAAAAUA